AUGGAAUCUGUGGUGGACAGAUGUGUGAGGCUCAGAUCCAUUCAACUGUCCACGAUUUACAAGACGCAUUGUGAAGCUGCAGCACCGAUGGAACUAAGUAUGAGUAGAUCAACGUUUCCUGGCGCGAGCAUCAGCAGUCACCUAGCUCGUGAACUCCGUAUUUCACGCUCCAGAACACUCGGCCGCAAUCCGUUUCCUGGUGCACUAGUGAAUGGUUGCGGUGGUACGUUGCAUGGGAUAGCCGCGACCGCAUCAGCUGACAGUUGUGCAGAUAUGAGCCAGCAAAAGAGUAGGAUCGAAUUCCCCCCUGAAUUGAAUCCUGAGGUAAUGCCCAAGCAUGUUGCUCUUAUCUUAGAUGGCAACAAUCGUUACUCGAAGGCGAGAGGCGUGAGGGGAAGUGAAUGCUUCGAAGUUGGGCUCAAGAAGAGUCUCAAAGAGGCUGUGAGAGUCAGCGUUGAUUGGGGAAUCGAGAUACUCACACUCUUUUACUUUUCUUACGACAACUGGAAUCGGGAGAAGGUUGAAGUUGACACAAUAUUUGGGCUUUUCGAGAUGUAUCUGAUCGAGUACAGAGAAGCCGUAAUGAGGUAUAACAUUCAGUUUUCGGUCAUGGGCACUCUAGAGAGAUUUCCUGAGACUUUGCAAAAACUGGUGGCUGAGGUGACAGAAGAGUCUCGCAACAACAAGGGACUCAAGGUUGUCGUGGCAGCCGGGUACGGUGGAAGACAGGACAUUCUUCAAGCUACUCAGAGAAUAGCUCAACUGGUGGCUAACAAAGAACUCUCCAUCGAUGAGAUAACCCUGGACGAGUUCGAGUCCCAUCUCAUGACAAAAUACAUGAAUCCAUCCAAUGUUGAUCUUAUGAUCCGAACGAGCGGAGAGCAGAGAGUUAGCAAUUUUCUUCUUUGGCAGAUGGCGUGGACCGAGUUUGUAUUUUUGAAGGAAAACUGGCCCGAAUUUAGACGUGAUUCGAUGAAGAAUGCAUUAAUCAGUUACCAGUCUAGGGACCGAAGGCUUGGUCUAAGAAAGACCAAAUUCUGA